AUGGCUUAUUUUGGUGUGAGUCUGACUGGUGUUGCCUCAGAAUGGUUUAUAGACCAAGAGAUUUCCCACUGGCACAUAUGGGGUGAUAUGGCUCAUGAUUUUGUUAGACAGUUUCAGUACAAUGUCGACAUUAUGCCAGAUCGUAAUACACUCUCCAAUACAAGAAAAAAACCAAGUGAAAGCUUCAGAGAAUAUGCUAUCAAAUGGAGGGAACAAGCAGCCCGAGUCAAGCCCCCAUUAAAUGAGCAAGAAUUGGUUGAUAUCUUCAUAGAGGCUCAAGAUCCUGACUACUUCCACCACCUCACAGCCGCAAUGGGAAGACUGUUUCACACAGCAAUCAAAAUAGGGGAAAUGGUCGAAAGUGGUCUCAAAACAGGAAGGAUCGUGAGCCAGGCAGCAAUCAAAGCUACCACACAUGCCAUUCAAGGUGGUUCAACAAGUUUUGAAAAUCUAUCUCCAUCUCCGUACACGGUCUUAAAUGCUCAGUCAUAUGUGCAUCCUCCCAAUCACCCACAUUUUCGGGCCCCAUCUCAAGGAAAAUUUCUCCCACAACGGCCACCCUAUCAGGUCCCUUACAACUCUCCUCUUAUGCAGAAUUAUGCUCAAGAUCAAGCACAGAAAAAGAAAUUCACUCCAUUGGGAGAGUCGUACUCCAGCUUGUUUCAAAAGUUAAGAAAGAUAGGAGCGAUUGAGUGUAUCCCACCACAUCGUCUGAAUCCAAAUGCUCCAGGUUUCCAAGCCAAUGAAAUAUGUGAAUACCAUUCAGGAGCCCCAGGACACAGCACUGAUAAUUGUAGGACCUUGAAGGGAGCAAUAGAGAAGUUGAUCGAGCAUGGAGUUGUUGUUGUGACGGAUGAUCAAAACACUCCCAAUGUGACCAAUAACCCACUUCCAGCUGAAAACAACUUAGUGGGUAUGGUUUGUGAUGAUCAAGAGUACAAACUCCUCAGCAAAAUGGGAAAGUUGUUUAGGAAGAUCGGAGAAGAAGACAAGUCAAUGAAGAGUUUAGAACCAAUUGCAUCUCUGAGUGUGGAAGGUGUCAAUCUUGAAACCAAAUUCUUGUGCUUCCCGGGGGUUUCAAAGGGGAUUGAAGUUCGAGCAGCUAUGCCAAAGUUGUAUGUAUCAAAAGGCUUUUCAUUAACACAACAUGACCAAAGUUGCUUGACCAAGUUGAAAGAGCCUAUUUUUGUUAAGCCCGUUCAACAGCUUCCAGUAAUUGAUUCAAAGUCUGUCCCUUGGAACUAUAACAAAACCGCAGUGGUUUAUCGAGGAAAGGAGAUUGUCGAAGAAGUUGAUGAAGCGGGGGCUUUGACACUUUCUGGAAGAUGUUAUUCUCCAGAAGAAUUAAGAAAAGCGAAAAUGACUGAAAAUAUCCAAGUACCACUAAAGAAAGCAGUUACUGAGGAAGAAAAUAAGACGCCUGCACAGAUUUCACUGUUGUCUCUACUUUUGCACUCAGAAGAACAUCGUCUUGUAUUGAAUAAGGUUUUGAAUGAAGCACAUAUGCCAAAAGAGACCAAAGUAAAUCAGUUGGAGAAUAUGACAAAGCGCGUCUUCGAGUCAAACGCUAUCACUUUCACUAAUGAUGAGUUGCCCAAGAAGGGAGCUGGACACAACAAAGCUUUGCAUCUUACAGUGACAUGUCAAGGUUACUAUGUAAAGAGGGUCAUGAUAGAUGGAGGGUCAGGGGUAGACAUAUGUCCUCUUUCUACGCUGCAAAGCUUGAAAGUUAACACUGACAUAAUUUGCCCCAGUAAUGUAUUUGUGCGAGCUUAUGACGGCUCAAGGAGGGAUACCAUUGGUGAAAUCAAGUUAAACAUGACAAUUGGGCCAGUAGUCUUUACGAUUGUGUUCCAAGUAAUGGAUAUGGAAACAUCUUAUAAUUUUCUACUAGGAAGGCCAUGGAUCCACAUGGCUCGAGCCAUCCCAUCAACUCUACAUCAAGUUGUCAAGUUUGAAUACAACAAUAAGGAAAUCACCGUUCAUAGGGAAGAUGAUUCACCUAUUUAUAGAGAUCCAUCCGUCCCAUACAUUGAGGCAAAGGAAGGAUGUGAUUCUGUUGUUUACCAGUCUUUUGAGGUUGUAUCAGUCGAUCGCUUUAAAGAAGGAGAAUCUAUCAUCCAAUCAUGCAUCUUUUCUUCCGCUUCAAUGGUAGCAACGAUGAUGCUCAAAUAUGGUUAUCAACCCGGUAAAGGUUUGGGAGUAUAUUCACAAGGAAUCGUGGAUCCUAUUACUCUCUUAGGAAACCAAGGCACCUCUGGCCUCGGAUACAAACAAAGCAAGAGAAAUGUAGAUAAAGCUAACAACCACAAAAGGAUUGAUUGGUCGUUGCCACAACCAAUUCCCCAUAUUUCUCAUUCUUUUAUCAAACCUCAGGGUCCAGAAUUGAAAGAUUCAUUCACUCUUGAAUACAUUGAAGAAGUUAUUAAGGAUCUCAGUCAUUUGUUUUGUGAAGUAGAUAUGGUCCAAGUUGGUGAAGGCACAAGUCAUGCCAAUAUGCAGCUCGUGGGCUCAGGUGUUGAGUUAAGAAAUUGGGAAGCCACUCCUUUCCCCAUAAGGAAGGAGUCGUGUUCUGUAAAUGCCGGCUUUGAUAACAUGACAUGCAUGCGGAAUUCACUCCCUGAUUUCAAAGAGUUGUUUAUUCUUGAAUCACCAAGUCAAAAGGUGGAAUAUGAUGAUAAAGAGGCUUUUAUGGAAAUUAAUAGGGAACUGGAACAGUUUGAGCACAAACCGAAGCCUAAUCUUAGUGAAACUGAGACAAUCAAUUUGGGAAGUUCCGACGAUGUUAAGGAAAUAAAAAUAAGUUUACAUAUCAAUCAGGAAAUUAGAGAGGCAAUAAUACAACUUUUGUUUGAAUACAAAGAUGUAUUUGCUUGGUCUUAUGAUGACAUGUCAGGUUUGAGUGUUGAUUUAGUGGUUCAUAAGUUGCCCGUUUAUCCUGAUUUUCCACCCGUCCAACAGAAAAGAAGGAAAUUUAAACCGGACGUGAGUGAAAAAAUCAAGGAAGAAAUAAUGAAACAAUUGAAUGCAAAGGUGAUCCAAGUUAUUCGUUACACUACUUGGUUGGAAAAUGUUGUUCCUGUGCCGAAAAAGGAUGGAAAGACAAGAGUUUGUGUUGACUAUAGGGAUUUGAACAAGGCUAGUCCAAAAGACAGCUUUCCAUUGCCAAAUAUCCACUUCCUAGUUGAUAAUUGUGGAAAACACGAGAUGCAAUCUUUUGUGGACUGUUAUGCGGGGUAUCAUCAAAUCUUGAUGGAUGAAGAGGACGCUGAGAAAACUGCUUUCACCACUCCAUGGGGAACUUAUUGCUACAGGGUCAUGCCAUUUGGUCUUAAAAAUGCUGGAGCGACUUACAUGAGGGCUAUGACCACCAUGUUCCAUGAUAUGAUGCUUAAUGAAAUUGAAGUAUACGUCGACGACGUAAUCAUCAAGUCUAAAACACAAGUUGAUCAUGUGCAAGAUCUGAGAAAAUUCUUGGAAAGAGUACGAAUAUAUGACCUCAAGAUUAAUCCAGCAAAAUGUGCAUUCAAAGUUCCAUUUGGAAAACUUCUGGGUUUUAUUGUCAGUAAAAGGGGAAUCGAAUUGGAUCCCUCCAAAAUAAAAGCCAUUCGAGAUUUGCCAUCCCCGAAAAAUAAGACCGAAGUCAUGAGUCUACUUGGGAUGUUGAACUACAUCAGUAGGUUUAUUGCUCAACUCACAACCACAUGUGAGCCCAUUUUCAAACAUCUGAAGAAGGUUGCUGCUGUCAGAUGGACAGAAUAUUGUCAACGAGCUUUUGAAAAAAUCAAGGAGUAUUUGUCCAACCCUCCCGUGUUGGUACCGCCUGAACCUGAUAGGCCUCUCUUUCUAUAUCUUUCAGUAACAGAUAAUUCCUUUGGGUGUAUUCUCGGUCAACAUGAUGCUACAGGAAGGAAGGAGCAGGCUAUCUACUACUUGAGCAAGAAAUUCACUAGUUAUGAGGUCAAGUACACCCUUUUGGAAAGGACGUGUUGCGCCCUAACUUGGGUAGCUCAAAAGUUAAGGCAUUACUUAUUGUCCUACACAACUUACCUCAUAUCAAGGAUGGAUCCUUUAAAGUACAUCUUUCAGAAGCCAAUGCCAACUGGCAGACUCGCGAAAUGGCAAAUUUUGCUCACUAAAUUUGACAUUAUAUAUGUCACUCGCAUUGCAAUGAAAGUCCAAGCUUUGGCAGACCACUUGGCAGAGAACCCAGUCGAUGGUGAUUACGAACCAUUGGAUACAUAUUUUCCAGAUGAAGAGAUUAACACAAUUGAGGAAGUAGUUUCAAAUGGAAAUCAAGCCUGGCAAUUGUACUUUGAUGGAGCAACCAACACAAAAGGCACAGGUAUUGGGGCAAUUUUAAUAUCGCCCACAGGGCAACAUUACCCUGCAACAGCUCGACUUCGCUUCUUUUGUAAAAAUAACACGACUGAGUAUGAAGCUUGCAUCAUGGGUCUAAAUGUGGCAAUAGAUUUGGGUGUGCAAGAAUUAAUUGUGUUGGGAGAUUCUGAUUUGCUUAUCCGACAAGCUCAAGGCGAAUGGAAAACUCGAGACCUCAAGCUCCUUCCAUACAGACAAUGUGUGGAAGAUCUUAGCAAAAGGUUCAUGUACAUAGAGUUUAGAUACAUCCCCAGGUUUCAUAAUGAUUUGGCCGAUGCCUUGGCUACUUUGGCCUCAAUGCUUCCCUAUCUGGGAAACACUUACAUCACCCCAUUAGAGAUUCAAGUUCGGGACCAACAUGUAUAUUGUAAUACAGUGGAAGCAGAACCUGAUGGUGAGCCAUGGUACUCAGACAUCAAGAAUUUUUUGAAGACAGGGAGAUGCCCCGAACAUGCCAACAGAAGCCAAAAAAGAACUAUUAGACGUCUGGCUGUUGGUUUCUUUUUUAGCGGGGAUGUUUUGUAUAAACGAACUCCGGAUCUGAAUUUAUUGAGAUGUUUGGAUGCUGAAGAAGCCGAGAAAAUUAUGAAUGAAGUGCACGCUGGGGUAUGUGGACCACACAUGAACGGAUAUGUCCUUGCAAAAAAGAUACCCCAGGCGGGGUAUUAUUUGCUUACCAUGGAAAGGGAUUGCUUUCACUUUGUGAAAAAAUGUCAUCAAUGUCAAAUCCAUGGAGAUCUCAUUCAUUCACCUCAUUCAGAGUUGCACCCCAUGGCUGCUCCUUGGCCCUUUGUUGCAUGGGGAAUGGAUGUAAUCGGACCAAUUGAACCAAAAGCCUCUAAUGGACAUCGAUUCAUUUUGGUUGCAAUUGAUUACUUCACCAAAUGGGUGGAGGCGAUAACUUUCAAAGCAGUCACUAAGAAGGCGGUCGUGGAUUUUUUCAUUCAAACAUUAUUUGUCGAUUUGGUAUCCCAAGAACUAUCAUCACAGAUAAUGUUGGAAACCUCAAUAGUAAUCUGA